GUCGGCUAUUUUUCAUUUCUCGUAUCCGUGGAUAUACUUUUUUGAUUAGUAUAUAUGAUACAUUUAAGAAGUUAAAUUUACUAAUGUUUGAUUAACUCCUUUCAAUAAUAAUAAAUGUAACCAAAUUUCAACAAUGCGGAAUGAAGAGUUUUUAUACGUUGGGAUGUCUCGUUUUUCAGCACUUGAUAAUAAUACACCAGCGCGUCGCAGUUUGGUCUCUUGCCUAAUACAAUUUAACAAUGACGUUGGGCGACGCUUACGUACACGGUGCACUAUAUCUCGAUCCCGAAGAUCAACUUCAAACAGUCCAAUAAAAAAUAAUGCCCAGCAAAGGUCGCGUUCCCCUUGGUAUGGGAGCAUUCACUCGCCGCCACUUUGUAACUCCCCGACACGUUAUCCUACUCGCUUAUAUUCGCGAUCCCGGAAUGACUUAGGAGAUGGUUUAUCCGAAAAUUUUGCGCAAGAACCAGUGCAACCUAAAGCGUACUUCUCAUCAAAACCACCUUCAGAACCUGUUCAAGUUAUUAUAGAGCCACGCAUUAUGAAUGAUUUAGAUUAUAAAUUUAAUUCAUCAACAUCAUAUGAGUCUCGAUGUGAAUUUAACGUUACAUCAUCCUUGAGCACUCUCGCAGAGCGUCCGUCAUGUCCCAACUCGUUUGCGGUAGUUGGUAAAAUACUAAGUUCAUUGCUGUCAACAUUACCUCUAGUUGAUUCUCCUUCAGAAGUAUCCACAUACCACUUUGUAUCACAAUAUUAUGAUAAUAAAUCUCUUGUGCGGUCAGAACCUGAACAACGAAGCGUAGCUAUCCAAGUCGCCAAGUCUUCCAUGACAGUAUCCGUAGGGAAUUGUAGCGAAUAUUGCGAUGAGAAAGGUAUUGUACAGAAGAAGGUUCUAAGUAAGAAAAGAUGGAUGGGAAGCAUGCGCGCGCUACGCGAAUCUCACCUGCGUUUAAUGAUGCGUCAAAUUCGCCAAUUGCGGCAAAUUGAGCGAUUGGACCGCUCCUUGAAACGGGUCUGUUCGGUACGAGUGCCUUAUGAUAGUGAUCUCACAUAAACAUGAAAGCUUAUAAAAGCGCUCGGAAAACGACGAAAGCUUAUGACUAAUUUUAAAUAUUUUCCAAAUUAUUUUUUAGUGUGCUGUUGAUUAAAUUUGAUAAAAAAGUUGAUCGUUCAC